ACCUUACACUCCCCUUCAGCUCAGGAACUGGGAGCUACAGAGAGCGGGGAGAAGGGAGAGGAGGAGAAGAAAGCAUAAUUCCUUGCCCAACUCCAGCCCCACGCCCAGCCAAACAACAGGUAGGCAAGCCGGCCGAGAAUACUCAGAGGGAGUCCUGCGAGCAGCAAACUGGUUGGAGCCUGGAAAAGACUCUGAGAAGUAAAAGAUCAAAGCCCGGUCGCACCGGCUUCCACUCCCGCUCCAGCCUCCUUCCAUUUCGGCUCCAGCCUCGCACCCACCUCCGGCUCUCAGUCAGCCUGUUUGCAUCCUCCCUCCCGGUUCCUGCCCUGAGCCAGCUCCUACUCCGGGAUUCCGUAACCAGACCCUCAAGCCAUGGCUGGUCCCUUCUCUCGUCUCCUGUCUGCCCGCCCGGGGCUCAGACUCCUGGCUUUGGCUGGAGCUGGGUCUGUAGCCGCUGGGUUUCUGCUCCGCUCGGAACCUGUUCGAGCCGCCGGCGAACGACGGAGGCUGUAUCCCCCGAGUGCUGAGUACCCAGACCUCCGAAAGCACAACAACUGCAUGGCCAGUCACCUGACCCCAGCAGUCUAUGCCCGGCUCUGCGACAAGACCACACCCACUGGUUGGACACUAGAUCAAUGUAUCCAGACUGGCGUGGACAACCCUGGCCACCCCUUCAUCAAGACUGUGGGCAUGGUAGCUGGUGAUGAGGAGACCUAUGAGGUAUUUGCUGAGCUGUUUGACCCUGUGAUCCAAGAGCGACACAAUGGAUAUAACCCCCAGAUGAUGAAACAUACCACUGACCUGGAUGCCAGCAAGAUCCGUUCUGGCUACUUUGACGAGAGGUAUGUAUUGUCCUCAAGAGUCAGAACUGGCCGAAGUAUCCGGGGACUCAGCCUGCCUCCAGCCUGCACCCGGGCAGAGCGACGAGAGGUGGAGCGUGUUGUGGUGGAGGCACUGAGUGGCCUGAAGGGUGACCUGGCUGGACGCUACUAUCGGCUCAGUGAGAUGACAGAGGCUGAGCAGCAGCAGCUAAUUGAUGACCACUUCCUGUUUGAUAAGCCUGUGUCCCCAUUAUUGACCGCAGCAGGAAUGGCUCGAGACUGGCCAGAUGCUCGUGGAAUCUGGCACAACAAUGAGAAGAGCUUCUUGAUCUGGGUGAAUGAGGAGGAUCAUACACGGGUCAUCUCCAUGGAGAAGGGUGGCAACAUGAAGAAAGUGUUUGAAAGAUUCUGCCGAGGCCUCAAAGAGGUGGAGCGGCUGAUCCAGGAGCGUGGCUGGGAGUUCAUGUGGAAUGAGCGUUUGGGAUACAUCUUGACCUGUCCGUCUAACCUAGGCACUGGACUUCGGGCAGGAGUGCACAUCAAACUGCCCCUGCUAAGCAAAGAUAACCGCUUCCCAAAGAUCCUAGAGAACCUAAGACUCCAAAAACGUGGAACUGGAGGAGUGGACACAGCUGCCACAGGCAGCAUUGUUGACAUCUCUAAUUUGGACCGACUGGGCAAGUCAGAGGUGGAGCUGGUGCAGUUGGUCAUCGAUGGAGUAAACUAUUUGAUUGACUGUGAACGGCGUCUGGAGAGAGGCCAGGAUAUCCGCGUCCCUCCACCUCUCCUCAACAAGCAUUAACUCCCAUCCCCAGCAGAUGACUCAAGACUCCCAGGACCUCUGCCAUUCUAACAGUGGCCCAUUCUCCUUACUCUGGAUGCCCCCUUUCCCCCCUCACUCCCUCUGUCCUAGUAAAGACUCCUUGCUACGC